GUAGGGCAAGGAAUCUACUUGAUAAAUGAAGGAGAAGCCCGACAGGAACGGGGCAAAGUCAAGCUUGGACGGGGGUCGUUGAAGUCGCCUGCUCCUGGUACAUUCUCCACUGGGGUAGAUUGAGAAGAUUCGGCUUUGAUGGUUAUGGAGAAAAACCCACAUCUCUGCUUUCUUGCCUGAAACAUAAGCAGGCUGCAUCCCCAUGUGAGUAAAGCAUGAACACUCGUACAGUGUCAUUGCUCAUCCUGGUUUUGUGUCUUCUGCUUCAUUUGAUUGAUUCUUUGGACACCCUUGCUCCGAACGGCACCGUGAAAGAUGGUGAUGUCUUAAUCUCCCAAGGAAGAAGAUUUGCUCUGGGUUUCUUCAGCCCGGGUAAUUCGAGCUUGCGUUACGUGGGGAUUUGGUACUACGGACAACCGGAGCGAACCGUCGUCUGGGUUGCUAACAGAGAGAAUCCCGUGAAUGAUACGUCAGGAGUUCUUGCGAUUGAUCGCCAUGGAAACUUAGUGAUCAAUGAAAAGAGUAGCAGCUUCCCCAUUUGGUCAGCCAAUGUUUCGUCCAUGAGUUCAAACGAUUAUGCUACUGCUCAGCUUUUGGAUACAGGUAAUCUGGUUUUGAAACAUGAUUUGAGCGAAGUGGUUAUUUGGCAGAGCUUUGAUUAUCCCACGGAUACCUUUCUUCCGUCCAUGAAGCUUGGGUUGGACCGGAGAACAGGUUUGAACUGGUUCUUGACAUCUUGGAAAUCCGAAGAUGAUCCAGCACCGGGCAGCUUUUCAUACAGGUUUGAACCAACAGGGUACCCACAGUUGUUCGUUUACAAGGAUCGAGCUCCGUAUUGGCGGGGGGGAGCGAUAAUUGAGCAACUGCCGGGUGGCGCUCCAGAGAUGACUAACGAUUUUAUCUCUAAUCUCACAAUUGUGAAUAACGCGACAGAGGUUUCUCUGAUGUAUGGCGUCAUCAAUGCAUCGGUUCUCACCAGAUAUGUGGUGCAUGAGUCGGGGUUCCUUAAACACUUCAUGUGGCAAGAUGAAGGGCAGCGGUGGACUGAGUUUAAUUAUCAUCCAAAGGAACUGUGUGACUACUACAGCAAGUGUGGGCCUAAUGGCAACUGUGGUGCAAACACCGCAGACCAGUUUGACUGCACUUGCCUUCCAGGCUUCGAGCCCAAGUCUCCAGGCGAUUGGUACCUAAGGGAUGGAACAGGUGGGUGCAAGAGGAGGCAAAAUGUGUCACUGUGCCGGAGUGGGGAAGGUUUCGUGAAGGUGAAACGGCUGAAGUUGCCGGACACUUCGACAGCGCAUGUCAACAUGAGCCUGAGCUUGAAGGAGUGUGAGCAGGAAUGCCUGAGGGAUUGCAAUUGCAUGGCUUAUGCAAUCGCAAAUAAAAGCAUGGGGGAACAUGGAUGCCUCAAAUGGUAUGGGGACUUAGUGGAUACAAGAGCAUAUUCAGACUUGGGUGAAGAUUUAUAUGUGCGGGUGGAUGCAAUUGACUUAGCUCGCUAUAGGAAAAGGAGUAGUCUUGUCAAGAAGGCUGUGGUGGCAGCGAUAUCGGUAUCUGCACUAUUAUUGCUGCUCUUAGGCUCCCUUAUGUACUGCCUUCUGUUGAAGAGGAAAAGAGCAGAUAGAAGAGGGCGUAAUCCUCUUGUCAGUGUCACCACAAGCUCAACGUAUUGCGAUGAACUUCCAGGUCUGAAAGACCUCGACAGCAACGGCAGAAGAAAAACAGAUCUGCCACUCUUUCAUUUUGGAACUGUAGCUGCAGCCACAAACAAUUUUUCCUCAGCCAAUGAGCUUGGCCAAGGCGGGUUUGGAUCUGUAUACAAGGGCGUGGUGGAUAACGGAACAGAAGUAGCAGUUAAAAGACUCUCGAAAUAUUCUGGACAAGGAAAUGAAGAGUUCAAGAAUGAAGUCAGAUUGAUUGCCAAACUCCAACACCGGAAUCUGGUGAAAAUUUUAGGUUGCUGCAUUCAAGAAGAUGAGAAACUGUUAAUUUAUGAGUAUUUGCCCAAUAAAAGCUUGGAUUCCUUCCUCUUUGAUGAUACAAAGAGGUCACUUCUGGAUUGGGGAAAAAGGUUCGACAUCGCGUAUGGGGUAGCUCGAGGACUCAUGUAUUUACACCAGGAUUCGACAUUGAGGAUAAUCCAUAGAGAUUUGAAAGCUAGCAAUGUCUUACUGGAUGUUGCAUUGAAACCCAAGAUUUCAGAUUUUGGGAUUGCUAGGAUAUGUGGAGGAGACCAAAUUGAAGGAAAAACGAAGCGUGUGGUCGGGACAUAUGGGUACAUGGCACCAGAGUAUGCUAUCCAAGGCCGGUUUUCAAUAAAAUCAGAUGUGUACAGUUAUGGUGUUUUGUUGUUGGAGAUCAUUACAGGCCAACGAAAUAGUGGUUGCUAUCAUUUGAACCCCUGUUGCCAUUUAAUUGGCCAUGUAUGGCAGCUGUGGAAAGAAGGAAAAUGCAUGGAAAUUGUGGACAAAUCAAUGGACAAGACAUAUUCUGAUGAAGAAAUGGUAUCGAGGUGCAUUCAAAUCGGUUUUUUAUGCGUGCAAAGGUAUGCAUUGGAUAGACCAACUAUGUCCACAGUGGUAUUCAUGUUGGGGAAUGCGGAUGCGGUACUUCCAACCCCGAAGCAGCCCGCGUUCAUCGAUGAGAGUUCCUUCAAUGGAGAUAUCCAGUCAACAUGUAACCUAACAUGUUCUGUUAACGGAGUUACAAAUACUGUAGUUGAAGCUCGCUAGUCCCGUGCCAUCACAAGUGAACUGCGUAAUCUGCUGAACUAUGAGAAAUCGAGAUGCUCAUGGUAUCGGUAGAUAGAUGGCACCUAAAGGCUCAUCGUGUCGUAUAUGAGCUAAACUGUACUUCUUGUGCUUAUGUGUGCUUAUGAGAAAAGCUAAUAUGUUAAGACUAGAUACAACACACUACUGUAAAAAAUUUCCUUGAUCUAUUAAUUGAGCUCAAUCUUUGCCUCUUAAACAGAGACUUGUACAUGAAAAUUGCUGUUGCCGCAGCAUUCUCUUUCUCCCA